CUUGGGUCCCGAAGCCGCAUACCCCAGUCCCCGCGUCGUUUCCCCGACCACACUCUUGGACCACUAGGACUCAGCUAGGCCACUGGCUGCCCAGUUCCUACUAGGGAAGAGUCUCCGGGAACUCUGCCAGCGCUGUAAGGGCGUGUCCCUCUAGCAGAUGGUCUGGGUCUUUCCACGGAAGCUCCGGGACCUGGGGACACCCGGGACAGGAAGGACAGGCAGAAAGCCAACUUUGACAGAAAUGGAGCAGCUGAAGGGGGUUGAUUGGACGGUCAUCAUCCUGACAUGCCAGUACAAGGACAGCGUUGAGGUCUUCCAGAAAGAGCUGGAAAUACGACAGAAGCGAGAGCAGAUCCCUGCCAGGACGCUGCUGCUGGCUGUGGAGGACCCCGAGGUUCGUGUGGGCAGUGGAGGAGCCACCCUCAAUGCCCUGCUGGUGGCUGCUGAGCACCUGAGUGCCCGUGCAGGCUUCACUGUGGUCACGUCAGAUGUUCUGCAUUCAGCCUGGAUCCUCAUCCUGCACAUGGGCCGAGACUUCCCCUUCGAUGACUGUGGCCGGGCCUUCACCUGCCUCCCUGUGGAGAACCGCCAGGCCCCUGUGGAGGCCGUAGUUUGCAACCUGGACUGCUUGCUGGACAUCAUGAGCCAUCGGCUGGGCCCUGGCUCCCCACCAGGUGUGUGGGUCUGCAGUACUGACAUGCUGCUGUCUGUUCCUACAAACCCAGGGAUCAGCUGGGACGGCUUCCAGGGAGCCAGAGUGAUCGCCCUUCCAGGGAGCAUGACCUACGCCCAGAACCACGGUGUUUACCUCACUGACUCCCAGGGCUUCGUUUUGGACAUUUACUACCGGGGCACCGAGGCAGAGAUCCAGCAAUGUGCCAAGCCUGAUGGUCGGGUACCACUGGUUUCUGGGAUUGCCUUUUUCUCUGUGGAGACUGCUGAGCACCUCCUGGCCACCCAUGUGAGCCCGCCUCUGGACGCCUGCACCUACAUGGGCUUGGACUCUGGAGCCCGGCCUGUCCAGCUGUCUCUAUUUUUUGACAUCCUGCUCUGCAUGGCCCGAAAUGUGAGAAGGGAGGACUUCCUGGUGGGGCGGCCCCCGGAGAUGGGGCAAGGUGAUGUGGACGUCGCAGAUUAUCUGCAUGGUGCCCGGGCUGAGCUGUGGAGGGAGCUUCGUGAUCAGCCCCUCACAUUGGCAUAUGUCCCUGACGGUAGCUACAGCUACAUGACCAACUCAGCCAGUGAGUUCCUGCACAGCCUCACAUUCCCAGGAGCUCCUGGGGCCCAGAUCGUGCACUCCCAAGUGGAGGAGCGGCAGCUACUGGGGACUGGGAGUUCUGUGGUCAGCUGCCUGCUGGAGGGCCCUGUGCAACUGGGUCCGGGAAGUGUCCUGCAGCACUGCCACCUGCGGGGCCCCAUUCACAUCGGCACUGGCUGCUUUGUGAGUGGCCUGGAUGCAGCCCAGUCCAAGGCACUGCAUGGCUUGGAGCUGCGUGACCUGAUCCUGCAGGGACACCACAUGCAGCUACAUGGCUCCCCUGGCUGGGCCUUCACUCUCACUGGCCGACUGGACAGCUGGGAAAGACAGGGGACAGGAACGUAUCUCAACAUGUCUUGGACUGAAUUCUUCCAGAAGACAGGCAUUCGAGACUGGGAUCUGUGGGACCCAGACAUGCCCCCCACUGAACGCUGCCUUCUCAGUGCCCGCCUCUUUCCCGUGCUCCACCCCUCGAGGGCCCUGGGGCCCCAGGAUAUGCUGUGGAUGCUGGACCCCCAGGAGGAUGGGGGCAAAGCUCUGCGGGCUUGGCGAACCUCCUGGCGUCUCUCCUGGGAGCAGCUGCAGCAGUGCCUGGACCGGGCUGCCACACUGGCUUCCCGCCGGGACCUGUUUUUCCGCCAGGCCCAGCAUAAGGUGAGGCGUGUGCUGGAGGCUCGGCAGGAUCUCAGCCUGCGCCCGCUGAUCCGGGCUGCUGUCCACGAGGGCUGUCCUGGGCCCCUGAUGGCCACAUUGGACCAGGUGGCAGCUGGUGCAGGAGACCCUGGUGUGGCAGCCCGGGCACUCGCCUGUGUGGCGGAUGUACUGGGCUGCAUGGCAGAGGGCCAAGGAGGCUUACGGAGUGGGCCAGCUGCCAACCCCGAGUGGGUGCAGCCCUUCUCGUAUCUGGAGUGUGGAGACCUGGCAGGGGGUGUGGAGGCACUUGCUCAAGAGCGGGACAAGUGGCUGAGCAGACCAGCCUUGCUAGUGCGAGCUGCCCGCCACUAUGAGGGGGCUGGGCAGAUCCUGAUCCGCCAGGCUGUGAUGUCAGCCCAACACUUUGUCUCCAUGGAACCGGUGGAGCUGCCCGUACCUGGGCAGUGGGUGGUGGCUGAGUGCCCGGCUCGAGUGGAUUUCUCUGGGGGCUGGAGUGACACACCGCCCCUUGCCUAUGAGCUUGGUGGGGCAGUGCUGGGCCUGGCUGUGCGAGUGGAUGGCCGCCGGCCCAUUGGGGCCAGGGCACGCCGCAUCCCAGAGCCUGAGCUGCGGCUGGCAGUGGGACCUCAGCAGGACAAAAUGGCCAUGAAGAUAGUGUGCUGGAGCCUGGAUGACUUGCAGGAUUAUUGCCAACCCCAUGCCCCAGGUGCUCUGUUGAAGGCGGCCUUCAUCUGCGCGGGAAUCGUGAGCAUCCACUCCAAGCUCCCGCUGAGUGAGCAGCUGCUGUGCACCUUCGGGGGUGGCUUUGAGCUACACACCUGGUCUGAGCUGCCCCAUGGCUCUGGCCUCGGCACUAGCAGUAUCCUGGCAGGGGCUGCCCUGGCUGCCUUGCAGCGGGCUGCGGGCCGGGCGGUGGGGAUGGAGGCCCUGAUCCACGCAGUGCUACACCUGGAGCAGGUUCUCACCACAGGAGGUGGCUGGCAGGACCAAGUGGGUGGCCUUAUGCCUGGUAUCAAGGUGGGACGCUCCCAGGCUCAGCUGCCACUGAAGGUAGAGGUGGAAGAGAUCACUGUGCCUGCGAGUUUUGUACAGAAGCUCAAUGACCACCUGCUCCUGGUGUACACUGGCAAGACCCGCCUGGCCCGGAAUCUGUUGCAGGAUGUACUGAGGAGCUGGUAUGCCCGGCUGCCUGAUGUCGUGCAGAAUGCCCACAACCUGGUGCAGCACACUGAGGCCUGUGCUGAAGCCUUCCGCCAAGGGAGCCUGCCUCUGCUGGGCCAGUGCCUAACGUCAUACUGGGAGCAAAAGAAGCUCAUGGCUCCAGGUUGUGAACCACUGGCUGUGCGGCAUAUGAUGGAUGUCUUGGCCCCCCACGUGCAUGGCCAGAGCCUGGCAGGGGCAGGUGGCGGGGGCUUUCUCUAUCUAUUGACCAAGGAGCCACGGCAAAAGGAGGCUUUGGAAGCUGUGCUGGCCAAGACUGAGGGCCUUGGGAACUACAGUGUCCACUUGGUAGAAGUGGACACUCAGGGCCUGAGCCUGAAGCUACUGGGGACUGAGACCUCAACCUAAUGCCCCUUCCCAUAACGGCUUGUCCCUCUGCAAGAGGAGAAAGCCUGGAGCCAUAGCAGCCCCUCUUCCUUCCCCCAUGGGAGCACUCAGCUUUCUACUCUUCAUCUACUUUUUUUGUGAAUCUGCCCAAAGGAAGCUGACCCAAGUUCAGGCCCAGCCCUUUCUAAAACUUGGUGAAGCAGAGAUGGUGCUUGGGAACAGGACUGUGACCUCCAGGUUGACAGUGGCUUAGACUUAGUCUCUGCUCCACAUGGACAUGGGAAGGUCCUAAGCUUAGCAUCCCCUGUGGCCUCUACAAAUCCGAUGGGCCAGCCUGGGACUUGGCCUACUCACUCUCCACGAGGGCCUGGAAGGAGAUGACAACCAGCCUUAGCAGAUGGCUGGGGUCCCUUCAUGAGGCUGACCCUGAAGAGGCAUUUCCUGUGGCCUUCCUUAGAGGUCAGGCUUUAUUUUUUUGCCUGAGUAGAGACUUCCUGUUCAACACUCACUCCCAGGCUGACUUGACAGGCGAGUGGGAACAGGGAUGAGGGUCCAUCCUCAUGUUUGUGGCAGAUAGCCAGUGUGGUCCUGCAGCAAGUCACUACUAAUUGAGGCCUUAACCAGCAACAGUAUGGACUAUGCCACGUGACCCAGUGCCUGUGGGCCAUGGGUUUUCAGGACUGCAGUAUUCUUGGAAUAAACUCACUCUGCCCUUUAAGGUUA